AUGAAGCUUUGUCAGUCCAUCAUGGAUAUGGAUAUGCCAGACUAUGUUGACUCCUUGGACUCCUCUUAUACCAUGCUGGAAUUUGACAAUCUUCGGAUGCUUCCCAAUAACACCGAGGGGUCUAAUGGUCCCUGUUCUCUGCCCGCAGAGGCCAUCACAGCCGAAUCGGCAACCACCAACCUGCUCACCAACGGCAUCAGCUCCCUCUGCUCCAUCUGUGGGGACCGGGCGACCGGCAAACACUAUGGAGCAUCCAGCUGUGAUGGCUGCAAAGGCUUCUUCAGGAGGAGUGUCCGCAAGAACCAUGUCUAUUCCUGCAGGUUCAGUCGACAGUGUGUGAUAGACAAAGACAAGAGGAACCAGUGCAGGUACUGCAGGCUGAAGAAGUGCUUCAGAGCUGGCAUGAAGAAAGAAGCCGUGCAGAACGAGCGUGACCGGAUCAGCAUUCGCAGGAGCAGCUACGAGGACAACGGCUCGCUCUCCAUCCACGUGCUCACUCAGGCCGAGGCCAUGGCGCAGCAGUAUUCGUCGCUGAGUCCGGUGCACAGCACGGACAUUGCUAUGAAGAAGGUUGCAACUAUCAACGACGUCUGUGAAUCCAUGAAACAGCAGCUUCUGGUGCUGGUUGAAUGGGCAAAAUACAUCCCAGCUUUUUGUGAGCUCCCACUUGACGACCAGGUUGCCUUGCUCAGAGCCCACGCUGGGGAACACCUGCUCCUCGGGGUGGCCAAGCGGUCCAUACCCUACACCGAUUUUCUGUUAUUAGGGAAUGACUUCAUCAUCCCAAUGCACUGCCCAGAACUGGAAAUCGCUCGUGUGGCCACCAGAAUCUUGGAUGAGCUGGUGAAGCCCUUGCGGGACAUCCAGAUUGAUGACAAUGAGUACGCUUGCCUUAAAGCCAUCAUCUUCUUUGAUCCAGACUGCAAAGGCCUGAGCGAGCCCGGGAAGGUGAAGAACAUGCGCUUCCAGGUCCAAGUCAACCUGGAGGACUAUAUCAACGAUCGCCAGUACGACUCCCGAGGCCGGUUCAGCGACAUCCUCCUCCUGCUGCCCCCACUGCAGAGCAUCACCUGGCAGAUGAUAGAGCAAGUCCAGUUCGUGAAGCUCUUUGGUGUGGCCAGGAUUGACAGCUUGCUGCAGGAGAUGCUGCUGGGAGGAACCACCAUUGAUCUCCAGUACCAGUCAGGACCUCCCAGCCUCAACCUGGAACCGCUGCCAGGACAUGUCCUCCCAAGCAACAUGAGCUCGGUGAUUCACACCGCUCCAAAUCCAUCUCCUGAAACAUCCCUUCCAUCUCCUUCCACAAGCACAGGCAGUGAAGACUAUAAACUAGGGGCUAGCGCAGGACCCAACACCAUAGCGCAGCUCUUGCCUCAGACAGUGAUACCCAAGCAGGAGAUUUUAUAG